CGAAGGAUGAAAGCGGCCCAGUAAUCCACGGAUCAGUAGCACGAGGUUUGUCGUGCACUAAUACGAUCCGCUAUCCAAUUCCUCGUCGACCUCUGUUUGCUUGUUCCCAGCAGGAACCUAUCAUUUACGCAAACCCAUCUCGCACCUUCCUCCCGAACCAUCGCUGCGGCCUGCCUUUUCCUUCCCAUACAACAGAACACCCGGCAACUCGGAACUUUAAACCACACAACCAAAUCUCAUUUCCCGAGACAACCUAAGAACUACCUGAAAAUGAAAUCCACAACCCUCACGACCUUCCUCUUGGCCGGUGCCGUCCGGGCCCUCGCCCUCCCGACCUCCACCCGCCCGGAAGCUGAAACCAGAAACAUGCUCACCAAGCGCGCUGCCUACUGCACAGCAAACUCAAUCCAAGACACAACCACACCGUCCUCAGCCCUCGCAGCCGACUGCCUCGCACUGGCCUCCACCACCCUACCAUCUUCCCUCCCUUUCCCCUGGACGCCGACCGAGGAAAACAACCACACCCUCGACGCGACCCAGGGCACCUGCGGAUUCCGCGCACAGUACCUCUCUGCCAACGGCACGUUGGACGCGCGCCAGGUUGUUCUGGGGCCCGCGCAGUUGGGGGGCAUUAUUGAGAUUGCUGUGGAGCGGUAUGCUACCACUUCUUCUGAGGCGGGAGAGGCGGAGAGCAGGGUUGGGGCCGAGGGGACGGUGAUUUGUAUUGCCGCUGGGAUGGUCUCUAAGGCGGGGUUUGUUGGGUUUGAAAUCUAUCUGGCUCCCGAUGCCGGCGCUCGAGGCGUCAUCCACGACCAUGUCAAGAGGGCCGCCGCAGCCAGAAUCGCGAGGCAAUACCGAGGCAUCGGCGCUGCCGCGGCACAUGCUCACGUCGGCGUCCGGGUCGCAUGGCACGUCCUCGCUCUUGGUGCCGCUCGGGAAGUAGCAUUGCGACACGCCGUGCGCCUGGAGGCGUCGUGUUGCUGUUGCAAGCGUGAGGACGAGGGUGGUGGCUCCGGAGGCUUCAAUUUUUCCCUGAUCAAAUUGGCGGAUGCGCGUGGCCCGGGACACCACGCCUCUCCCUCGAAGUGGACUCACGCCGGGCUCCACCAGUUGGCGCCUGGUAACGAAGUGCACUACGACGGGGCUCUCCCGGAUCGCUACUACCGGGCGCUCCACGCCGGCCAGACGUACACGCUGCUGUACCCUGGCGCUGAGAUGAAGGCGCGGCAUGUCUUGCCGCCGUCGGAGGUCAGAAAACUGCCUGCCCUGAAGAUUCCCGGUGGCGCCCGAAUCACAUUCACGGUGCGGGCGGAGGAGACGAAUGCCCACAAGUCGAAUACGCUCAAGAGCGUAUUCGACAUCAAACUCAAGGUCAUCUACACCGGAGAGAUUUGUGGACCAGAUUGUUACCCAGCCCCGGAGACAAUGACACGGCCGAUCACGUUCCGCAACUGGGCGAUCUUGGCUGGCCUCGACAGCUCCUUAGGUGACGCAGUCAGCAUCUAUCGCCGGCCCGGCGGUAGCAGCGAAAUGCCUUGGGAAGGUUGCGACCUGGACGAUGGCACCGCGGGUUUUCAGAUCUACGACCUCCCCGACGAGGCUGUCCGUGUGAUUCAACAUGAUCAUUUUACAACACUAAGACCCGGGGAGUCGUGGACCACGACCCGGCGCCUCCAGGGGGAGCGAUGA